AUGUUGUGGUUAUCUCAUCGAAGAAUCACUGUCUUUCUGGCGGUUGUCAUUGGCAGUCUCAUUCUGCUCCCGAUUUCUAUUUCGGCCCAGCAAGAAACCACGGAGAAUGACGAUACUAGUGGUACACCCCAUCCUCAUGCCGACAGUUGUUCUUGGACAGGUGGAGCUUGUGAAUGGGAUUACAACAUGCAAAUGAUGACAGCAACCUUUCUCAAUGACAAGAAGGAGACAUUCUAUGCCUAUGUGGAACCCGACGUUUCUACCUUUUACAAUCAAUCCGAAGGACAACUCCAACCCGUACAACCUGACUUUACCGGCAUGUUUGUCAAAUUCGUCAACAUGGGACCCAAAAUGGUACGGGUACUUUGGAUUCCAAAUGGAAACACCGCCAAAGAUCCCUUGGAAAUAUGUGACAUUGAACCCUUUGGAUCCUGUGGAACCGCAUCCUAUCCCAGCCAACACUUUCAACUCGCGUGGCCGGAUAACUUGGAUCUCGUUCUGGAGCGAUUCACCACCAAACCAGGAAAGAAUGUCUACGUAUACGAUGCAUUUCGAGGAUCCUACGAAAAGGCAUAUCGAAAGUUAAAACCAGAAGACUUUCAACACUACAUGAUGCAAUACAACAAUAAUCUAUUCAACAAACACUACAAAGAAAAAACAGGAAGAGAAUGGCUCGCACUCUAUGGACAAAAAUUCCCACCACGAUUUCACAUGUGGCAAGCCGAUUCCUUGGGACAGACUCAUGUGGUGACCACCAAGGAAAUUCACUUUGUCGAAUAUCCACCCGAGGAGGAACUCGCCAAGGGAGUAUCGCUCUAUGGACCACGACCGGAAGAAAUCACACGGAAUCGCAAACAUCGAGAUACCCAUGCCACUAUGGAGUUGCACUUGACGGUGCUCUCGUGUGCGCCACGAGUCUUUGAAAUCAAACAUUUCUUGUCCGAUUUGGAAGUCGACCACUUGUUAAAGGUCGCGGAACAAAAGAAUCUCGAAACAUCCACUACUCGGGCAGGGGACUAUGCCAAGGUGACACAAGAGGAAUCCACUCGCACAUCCACCAAUACGUGGAUUGGACGGCACCAAGAUAUCAUACUCGAUGCCAUUUAUCGACGAGCCGCAGAUGUCAUGAAGAUUGACGAACGACUCUUUCGACGACGACGCAAAACAGAAAUUCCAGAAUUCACAGAAAGUAUGGUCGACAUCUCGGAAAGCUUGCAAUUGGUACAUUAUGAUGUCGGGCAGCAGUAUACACCGCAUCAUGACUUUGCAAUGCCACGCCUAGUCAAGGGACAACCCUCUCGUUUUGCUACGCUCCUCCUCUACUUGAAUGAUGAAGGAUUGCGGGGCGGUGAGACGACUUUCCCCAUGUGGCGAAAUGCCGAAACAUCCAAACGGUUAGAUGUCAAGCCAGAAAAGGGCAAAGCGCUUCUUUUCUACAAUCUACUUCCAGAUGGAAACUACGAUGAGCUGUCCAUGCACGCAGCUCGUCCCGUGCUACAGGGAGAAAAGUGGUUGGCGAAUCUUUGGGUGUGGGACCCAGUUCUCGCUCAUGGUUAG